AUGAAUUACAAAAAAGUAUAAGAUACAAUAAACCUUUAAGUUGAAAGCUAAUCGGAUUAUAAUACAGAAAUAUAAUAAUCAACUGAUUCUCUUUUAUCAGUUGAUAAUACUCCAAAAAAUAGUUUUAUUUAAUAAUAUAAAAAUUAUUUUUUAAUUGCAGCUUCUCUUAUUAUGAUAGGCGGGUAUUAUAAUUGUCUCUUUUAGGGAUUUAUAAAGAAUUAAUUUCUAGAGUCAAUGAAUUUUACUAAUAAUUAAUAUUCUACAAUAGUUACAGUGCCUCAUUUUCCAAAUAUAAUUGUUCCUAUAUUAAUAGGGCCUCUAGUUGAUAUUAUUGGUAUUAGGAGAGGAACAUUUAUUUGCUGUUUUGUAAUGUUUUUAGGGUUCUUUUUUAUAGUUAUUUCUAUAAUUCCUAAGAGCUUUGCAUUAAUUCUUAUAGGAAAAAUAUUACACUAAGUAGGUACAGAAAACACUCAUCUAUGCUAAAGCACAAUUGUUUCAAAAUGGUUUAAAUCUUCUAAUCUUGCUCUAGCUCUUGCUAUUUGUUCUUUUAUGAUAAAGCUUUCAAGCAGUUUAUCGGGUAUAGGAUAUCCAUACCUUUAUGAAAAAAACAAUAGUUUGCUCCUUCCUCUUAUGGUUGGUUUUGGAUUUGUCGUAUUAAGUCUUUUAGCAACAGUACUUAUUAUUAUUAUGGAUAAAAAAUCUGAAUAGUAUGAUUGCCCUUGUUUAAUUGAAGAAAAUAUAGUUAUUAUAUCUAAAAAACACUAAUUUUAAUUAAAAGACAUCAAGUAAUUUGAUGGCUUGUUUUGGUUAAUUUGCUUAUAGAUUUUUAUGAUAUGGGGAAGUUUUUACUCCUUUUAAAAUUAUGGAUAAUCUGUGCUUAUAAACAAGUUUCAAUUUGAGUAGACAGAAGCUAGUUCUUCUUUAUCAAUUUUAUUUUUUGUUGGAAUGAGUUCACCCUUGUUUGGGUUUAUUUCAGAUAAAUAUGGAAAUAGAGCUCAAGUUAUGAUCAUACUUAGUGUAAUGUGUGUAUUUUCUUUUUUACUUGUACUUGUUGCUCCUUCUAGAAAUGAAGAUAUGAAGCCAAUAGUUUACAUAUUUUUAGUUUUAUUUGGAACAGCUAUAAGUAUUGGAAAUGCAUAUAUUUUCCCUAGUAUACCUCUAAUAGUUGAUCCUAAUUAUCUUGGUACAGCGUUUGGAAUAUCUUAUGCAGCUAAAAAUGCAGGAACAUUUACUUACUCAUUAAUAGGAGGGUUUGCCCUAGGUGAAAAUGACUAACACUUCAAUCAUCUUCUUUUUUUUCUUUUCUCUACAUUAAUUUGUUUAGUCAUAGUAUCUAUUAUCACUUAUAUGUAUGAUAAAAAGAAAAGAGAUAUAUUGUCUCUUCCAAAAAUAUUUACUAACAAAAAAAUAAAAAACAUUUCAACUUAAUAAUUAAUAUGA